AUAGAAUGAGAUGGAGUUAUGAUUCUAGAAUAAAAAGGAAUGGAAAGAUUGAUAGAAAAGUAUGAUUAUGUUAAUUGUACUGAUGAUACCAAAUUAGCCUUUGAAGCAGAACUCAAAAACCUUAAUAAAGAUGAGCUGGCAGAAAAGUUGAUAUUGUCUGACUUUAAGAACAUUAUGAAUGUCUUCAUCAAGAAGAUUUGUGUACCAGAAUAUGCUGUGAAAGUAUCAAGAAAUUCAACAGGAAGAUGUAUGGCCAUAGGUACUUGCCAGUGUAUCUGUAGAAUAACAGAAAAAAGUAUUGAAAAUGGCAGAAUACCACAGUCAGAUGGUCAUGACUGUUUGUUUGAUCUCUAUUUAGCCGUCAUACAUGCUGGACCUGGAACCUCACAUUAUGAAGUUAUGGAAAAGAUAGAAAAAACUGCUGAAAUGAAGGAAUUUCUGAAGAAUUUGAAAGGUGAAAAAUUGAAAGAAAUGGCCUUAGCUGUGAAGGAUCAGAAAUAUAUUAAAGAAGACAUGGAUAUGAAAAGUUACACAAGGCUGCUGAACUCGUACAUACCGCGCAUUCCUAAUGCAUUUGCAAAAAGCAGAGAAGAUUCUAGAGACCUGGCAGUAUGGAAUGUUUUCCUGGAUUUAUACCUUUUCUACCUCCUUCACACAGGAGAUGUUCCAGAUGAAUUACAUGGAACUCUGAAUAGUUGUGCCAGUACCUUUUCUAACCUCUAUGACAGAAAUCCAUAUAAAGGAUAUCCAGACCUUAAGGUUAUUGGCCAACACAUGAAGAAAAUAUCCACUUUUAUUACUUCUCCUGUCUUCCCAAGAGGUAGUCAACUGAAACAAGCCAAAAAAUAUGUAGACAAUUUUACCAGUAUGGAAAGUGACCAGAUAGAAGCUUUAUGGCCAGACUUGAUGACUUUGUUUAAACAUAUUUCUUUGUCUAAAAAAGCUAAAGAAAUGUAUGCAGUGUUAGAGAGUUUCAAAUCUUUGUUUGAGAAAUUGGGUGAUAAGGUUAUUGAGAAAAAUCAUAAAAUAUUUGAAUGCUGGAUAGAAACGGUUAAUACAAUUCUAGAAAAGAUUGAAGAUGCCAGUCUGCUUGAUAAAAUGAUAUCUAGAAUGAUUUAUGAUCUGAAUAAGAAGUACAAACCAGCAAAAGGAGAUGAAAAGUAUUGGUUUCCACUUGUCAAAGCUAUGUGGCUGGUUCCAACAAAAGAGAUGCAAUAUAAUGUUAAGACUAUCCUUAAUGAUACUAAAUUCAAAAGAAUGUGGAAUUGGAAGGAAAAUAUCCAUCAAGCAAAAGAAAUGAUAGCAAAUGUAGAGAAAGUAGAGCUUCCAACAGAAGGAGAAGACAGGGAUCAAAGAGAUGUAAAUUCUGAAUGUGGGAAUGCUGUCAAAGAACUUAUUAAAAUGUUGAAAAUACAGAAACUAGAACACCACAUCAUGCCAGAUAUUGGAAGAGUGUCUAUGACCCACAUGGAGAAGGGAACUGUCCUCUCUAAUAGUAUGGUGACACAAUUUAGUGGAGAAAUCGACUUUCAGAAAUGUACAGAGGUUAUCCCAAAGAUAGCAAUGCGCCUUGAACCACUCGUAAAAAAUGUUGACUAUCCACGGGCAGAUGGUUGGUGUAGUGGUAAUUGCAUUGAAUUAUUUAAAUGCUUAAUAGAACCAUACAAGUCAUCAGAAGAUAUACCAAAUGAAGUAAACCAGGUUGUAAUUAGAAUUCUGGAGUUUUGUAUGGAGGAUGACAGAGAGAUGAUCCAUAUAGAAGAUGGAAGACAAACCAUUUGGGGAGUUCUUAUACAGAUUUCUAUUAUGUUUAUUGCUAAGCAUUGUAAUGGAGGUACUGGUCAAGUCUGUAUACCAAUUCUGAAGGGAUUAAUGAAGUUUCGACAUGCAGAGGAAGAAUUCUUAAGGUCAGCUUGUAAAAAUAACAUGCAGAUUGUUGGUAAUCUAUGUCCUGAAGUAUGUUCGGACUUCUUUGGAUCUUUAUUAGAUUGGUAUAUAGAAGAACCAUCCAUGGAUUUGAUGCAGAUAUUUCAUAGAAUAAUUGAGAUUAAUCCUGAUGCGUUGAAAAAUAGAAUGGAUGAAUUCCUAGAUGCUUGUAAAGAGGACAGAGGAACAUAUAUAAUGCAGAUUCAAGUAUUUUAUGGUCUGUCCAAUAAACAUCCAAAGAUGAUAACAGAAAAAGUGGUGGAAUUAUUAAUGGAUAAUCAUUAUGAUGAUGGGAAUAUUAGAAUACAGGUCUUGAUGACUAUAGAGAAAGCUACAAAAGUCAACCCUAAAGUGUUUGAGAAAUAUAUAGACAAACUGAUGGCAGAGGACACAAAGCCACUGGAACAGCAUUUUGUUAAUGGUAUCCUAGUAAAUGUAGCAAAAACCAUUGAGAGGUUCAGAAAUCCAGUAUUCAAGUACCUAAUGGGUGUUCUGAAGGUAGCAAAAGAUGAUACUCAGCUUUCAAGUACAUUGACAGGUCUACAAGAUUUAUGUGGAAAAUAUGGACCUGAAAUGUUUGGACAACACAAGGAAUAUCUUGUAGAGAGAAGAGAUACUGAAGAGAAAACAACUAUUAAGGGACAGUUUUCUGCCUUGGUAGACCAGAUAGAAGGAAGGAGUUUGGAAACAGUUGUCCAAGAUGUGAAAGAAACUAAGGAGGAUGUGGAACAAUUAGACCAAAGAGUGACCGGUACAGAGGUAGCUGUAGUAGGUCUGACCACUCGAGUGGAUGAACAUGAUGAAAACAUUGAGGAAUUAGGGGAGGGGCUUGAUACUGUCACUCAGAGGGUGGACUUUGCUGAAAAAGAUAUUGAGGAGACUAAAAUUAAAGUGGAGGAAGUUGACAUGAAGACAAUGACCAAUGCACCUCGAUGGUCAAGAGAUUUGACAAAGUUGAUGAAUCCAUCAGCUGAACAUGAUUGGAGAUUACUGGCCCAACGUCUUGGAUAUAGUAACGAUGACAUCAGAGCGUGGGCAUCACAACAUGAUCCAUGUAUGGCUGUUCUCAGUGAAUGGUAUGCUACACACAAAACAAGGGAGGCAAACUAUGCUGUAUUAACAGCCUUACAGGAAAUGAACCGAAUGGAUGGUGCUGCUAUUGUGGAAAAUGCAAUGAAGGCUGUAGCUGAUGUUGUAGAAGAUGAAGAAGUAGAUUACGCCUCCCCUCCUGCUGUGUUCCUUAGUUACCAGUGGGGUCAUCAGGAUGAGGUCAAACUUAUCCGUAACCACCUACAAAUGGCAGGAUAUGAAUGUUGGAUGGACAUUGGUCAGAUGGGAGGAGGAGAUAAAUUAUUUGAGAAAAUUGACAAUGGUAUCAGAGGAGCAAAAGUCAUCAUUUGUUGUGUGUCAGAAAAAUAUGCACAGUCUCCAAAUUGUAAUAGAGAGGUAAAUUUAUCUGUAAGCUUAGGUAAGCCAAUGAUACCUCUGCUAAUGGAGAAAAUGGGUUGGCCACCAAAAGGAUCUAUGGGACCUAUCUUCAGCGAGUAUCUUUUUGUCAGGUUUUUCCAGCGAUCUGGAGAAGAGACUGAAGAUAACAGAUUUUGGCCUGUUGCCAAGUUCCAGGAAAUGCUGAUGCAGCUGAAUUGUUAUGGUAUUCUGCCUGAUGAAACAUUGAUUGAUGAUACGUAUAAAGAUUGGUGGAUACCAGUACAAGAAAUUAUAGUAAUAGAUAAAACAAAGAAAAAACAGAACCAGUCUCAAUCCAAACAGACAGGAAUCCCAGACCAGGAAAAGAAGUGUCCAGAAGUCUUUAUAUCCUACCAAUGGGGUAAACAGAAAGAGAUUAUAGCCCUUUACCAAAGAUUGACUGAGUUUGGUUUGAGUUGCUGGAUGGACAUUUAUCAAAUGGGUGGUGGAGACUCCUUGUAUGAGAAAAUAGACUCUGGUGUACGAGGUUGUAAAGUAGUUCUAACAUGCAUCACACAGAAGUAUUCCCUGUCUGCCAACUGUCGAAGGGAAGUCAGUUUGGCUGAUGCUUUGAAGAAACCAAUUAUACCAUUGCUAUUAGAGAAAAUGGAUUGGCCACCUUCUGGACCAAUGAGUAUGGUCUUUACUCAGCUCUUGUUUAUCAACUUUUAUCGUGCUGAAGAAGUACAAAUGACAUGGACUGGACCAAAAUUUGAUGAGUUAAUGGACAAAAUUGGACUGCAUAUUCCAGUGAAUAUUUCAAAUGAAGAAAAUGAGGAUGAAAAAUGUAUAGAGUACAGUCAACAUUCUAUUCAACAGAUUGACAAUAAUAAAUCAGAUGAAAUUGACAAUGAGAGAAAACUUGCCAACCAGAAUACAGUUCCAAGAUCUGUCAGUUCUGAAAUUACCAGAAGUGCAGGUCGUCCACAACCAACAGAUAACAAGCCAUCGCCUGUAAUACAACCCAAACCUGUGGCUGUGAGCCACGUGCACACAAAUGCUGAAUCGUCACCUACAAAACAGAAAAUUGAGCAACAACAUAAAGGUUCUCAAAACAAGGAAAAAACACAAUCUCAAGAAAAUAACAAACCACAGGAACAAAAAUCUAAAUCUUGUACUGUUUUAUAGAACCAUUACAAUUUUCAUAUACAGCUUAUAAUUAAUUUAGACAGGCUAAUAUAUUUUCUUGUAGGCUUUGUUAGGGUGGGAUAAAUACUAUCAUUUUAACUGACAAUGUAAAAUCAUGAUUUUGUUCAUUCUUGAUGAUAAAGGCACACAUAUUUUUUUUUAGUUUUCAGUAUAUGCUCUUUUCUUUGUUUGCAGAGGAAUUCCUAAGUUUACCAAAUUUGUGUUCCAAGUUCUGUAAUCGCAUUUUUAUAUUCACAGUGAUCAUGUGGUCAGUUUUUAUUCAGAUUCCUAAAUAUAUUAAUUAACACUGUUGCUUUGUUUUAAGUUUGAAAGAUGUUUGCCUAAUAUCUUAAAGGGGCACUAGCUGUCAAAUUCAUGUUCACUGAUUUGACUCAAAUUCUCAUAUUUGAUUUCUAACAUACUAAAACGUAUAUCCAAUUUAUAGAAAGUCUAAAAUGAACAAAUUGCAAUGCAUAGGCUCGAUAAUAUGUAUCAACAUUUCGUGUGUAUUUUAGUCUAGACGCCAUCUAAUUAACCAUUGUGGUGACCUCCGAAGACUGCCGAUGGUCAUAUAACCUGAUAUAAACAUAAAUGUAGAUAUAGGUAGAUAGCGAACUUGUGCAAUUGGAUUUUUCUAGGUCUGUUUGAUUUCAUAUUAUAGGUUGAAAAUAUAUGUAAAUCAUUGUUUUUACCUGUAUAAGUAUGAGUUUUUGUGGAUCAAAUCAGUCAAAUCAAAUGGUUAACGCUUGUUUCACUUUCAAUGUUGACAUUCUUUUCCUUUUAAUUACUGAACACGCCAAUUCAUGCGUAACCCAUCUCAUAAGGGGUUAAAUUGAAUUUCACAUGAAUACAGAUUCAAUGAGGUCGAAAUAUUCACUUGCAAAUGAAUAAUUCAACAGCGAUGUUUCUAAGCUUAAUUUGACAAAAUUGAACCAAACUGGCUUCUAAAAGCUAAUUAUUAUUUCACUAUUUCACUUUUAUUAAUGAUUGAACAAAAAAAAUCCUAUUAUAUUUUUUUUUUAUAUCUCAUAGCUAAUGCCCCUUUAAAAACUAUAAUAGAUGGAUGGAAAUGCUAUAAGCAAAAAUGGACAACAAAACAAGAUUUAUAUUAAGGUCAAGGUGCCUGAUUGUCAGUUGACUCUUUAUAGUUGUUGCAAUUAGAAGAUGAUUUUUACCAAUUUUUUGCCUUAUUGCCUAUUUUUUUUUUUUGAAUUAUAAUAGAUAAAGUGAAACUUUUGAUAGCAAAAAUUGUCCACAAGACAAGAUCUACAAACAGGUUCAUAUUGAUGAAAUUGUUGGUCAACUUUUAAUUCCAGUUAUAGCCCUUAAAUGACAGUUUUUACAAUUUUUUGGCAUGAGAAGGACAAGAUAUACAAAUAUGUCAGCAUGGCAAUAUAUGUCCUUAAUUAAGUUUAUUGAAACUUUCUCACAAUCUUAACCAUAUAAUUCUUUUAUAAACCUCUAAUUUGCUUUGUGAUCCAAAUCAUUUUUGGGGUUUCCCUUACCAAAGCACUUACCUUACCAAUCACUUUAAUUGGGGGGUACCCAUUUUGUAUCUGCAACUCCUCCUAGACAGACCCUUUAUAACAUGUAUUGAAACUUUCUCAUAAUCUUUACCAUAUAAUGCUAUUGUGCACUUUCUAUUUUGCUUAUUUUAUAUGAAUAAUUUUCAGAGUGUGAGCUGUGCUCACAAAAUCUCACAGUACCUCUUGUUUAUUUCUUGUUAUACAAAUAAAUGUUAAUUUUCUAUAUGUGAUAUCUAGUUACUUAUACAUAUGUUUCUUUAUAUUAAUGCAAUAUUUUUUUUUAUGCAUGUAAUAGUUAUAUUUUAUAAAAAAUUAAUAAAAUGA